AUGCAAUUAUACGUACUCUCGAUUAUCGCCAGCUUAAUUUCGUCUGGAUUAACUAUAAAUUUGAAUUACUUGGACCCGGUGAAAUUACAAACGAAACUUUCACCAGCAAUACAGCAAGAUACCGCCCUAAACAUCAUCAGUCAGUAUUUAAACAAUGUUGAAGUGGAGGUAAAUCCUAUCAUGUUCAGUAAUCAUAAAGACGUAUUUUCACUUCGAACUACAAAUGGUCAGUUGCACAUCAGAGCGAGUACUGGAGUAGCGGCGGUGUGGGGUUUUAAUUACUACCUUAAAAAAUACUGCAAGUGUCAAAUAGCGUGGCAAGUUCAGAGGGUUGUUAUACCGUCGCCUUUACCGGAUGUUGAUGAAGUCGUCAUAGCUAAUGACAGAUUCCGCUAUUAUCAGAACGUGUGUACUGCGUCUUAUAGCUUUGUGUGGUGGAAGACAGACGACUGGCGGUCGCAUGUAGAAUGGAUGGCAUUAAAUGGGAUUAACUUAGCGUUGGCUCCUGUUGCCCAAGAAGCUGCAUGGGCGAGAAUUUACAGACAAUUAGGUAUGUCAGAGGAUGAUAUUAAGGAACAUUUCACUGGUCCGGCUUUCCUCGCCUGGCUUCGUAUGGGAAACGUUCAUAGGUGGGGCGGACCACUACCUCAAUCUUGGCACGACCAACAAAGGGAUAUUCAGGAUAAAAUUGUCGGUCUUAUGUUCAAACUUGGUAUGAUACCAGUCUUUCCAGCGUUCAACGGCCACGUACCGAGAGCAUUUAAGAAUAUAUUCCCUAAUAUGACUUUAUACAAUGUUACUACUUGGAACAGAUUUGAUUCUGAGUACUGUUGCAAUUUAUUUAUAGAUCCAAAAGAGCCAGCAUUUAAAACAAUAGGAAAAAUGUUCCUAAAGGAAAUCACGGCUGGAACUAGUACCGGAAAUAUUUAUACGGUGGAUCCUUUUAAUGAGGUCGAAGUACAACCGUGGUCUACGUCUCUGGUACAAGAAACUGCUAAAUCAAUAUUCUCCACCAUAUCUGAAAUGGAUAAAGACGCAGUGUGGCUUCUUCAAAACUGGAUGUUCGUUUAUAACACUAUGCUGUGGCCUUUAAAGCGAGUAAAAAUCUUCCUGACAUCUGUGCCAAACGGACGAAUGUUAAUACUCGACUUGCAGUCAGAGCAAUCGCCACAAUUUGACUUAUACGAAAUGUAUUACGGGCAACCGUUCAUUUGGUGCAUGCUGCAUAAUUUCGGAGGAACAUUAGGAAUGUUUGGCAAUAUGCAAACAAUUAAUGAGGACGUUUACAAGACAAGAAAUCGUGUGUAUAGCACAAUGCUUGGAAUAGGACUAACUCCUGAAGGGAUUAAUCAAAACUACGUUGUUUACGAUUUAAUGUUAGAAAGUGCUUGGCGGUUAGGUCCUGUUGAAGAUUUGAACAAAUGGGUUGAAGAUUACGCCGAAAGAAGAUAUGGAUGCAAUGCAACAGCAACAGCUUGGAAAUACUUAUUGAAAAGCGUAUACAAUUUCAGUGGUCUUAACCGAAUGAGAGGGAAAUACGUGGUGACGCGUCGGCCCAGUUUCCGAAUAAGACCCUGGGCUUGGUACAAAAGUAGCGACUUGUUUGACGCUCUGAAAGGACUAAUUUUUAGUGAGAGUUGUGAUUCUUCUGGAUUUAUACACGAUGUUGUCGACGUAACAAGACAAGCUUUGCAAUACAGAAUAGACCAACUGUACGUUAAUUUAUCGAGAGAUAGAUUCUCCAAUACUAUCAUAUUUAAUUAUACAAUAACAAGAUUUCUGGACGCUAUGACAGAUAUGGAAAAUAUACUGGCAACAAACGACGAUUUUAAAGUUGGUCAAUGGGUUGAUUCCGCCAAACGGAUGGCGCCAACGACGAUAGAUUCAUAUUUUUACGAAUUAAAUUCCCGCAACCAGAUAACCCUAUGGGGACCGAAAGGUGAAAUAACAGAUUACGCUUGCAAACAAUGGGCAGAACUCAUUCACUAUUACUAUAAGCCAAGAUGGGCAACAUUUUUAGAGAUAGCUUUAGACGCAAAAAUGAGGAAUGAAAUAUUUGAUGAAAAAAACGCUCAAGCCGUGGUUAGGUACACGGUUGAGGAGAAAUUUUUAACAACGACAUUGGAUUCAUUACCCGCUGAUAACACUAUAUCGUUAGCAUCAAACUUGUAUCAGAAAUGGGCCUUUGUGUCUAAUCUUGAUGAUUUGCCUUGUACUUUGAUUAAGAAGAAUCCAGAACGAAGAACUACAUUAGCCGAUACUGAUAUAGAUGGUGAUGAUAUUAUUGAGAAUAAUCCAUCGAUAGUAAUGCUACAUCCAACGAAACCUGCUAAUUAA